CCUACUCUUGCCUCGUAUCUAAAGCCCUGUAUGUAGUGCAGGGUAGGCACAGCCUGGUCUGAGUUAGAACAGUAUCCUUCUUGCACCCACCAUAUCCAAUCUAUGGUCUUCUCAGUCCUUUUUGUAUUUGUCUUUCUCUCAUCAAAAAGAUCACAGAAUAAGGUUCUUCUCUGGAGCAUCAGCGAUGGAAACUUCGAAUGACUUAGUUGGUGCGCCGACAAUGAAAGACGAAUGGCAGUCCGACCAGAAAGAUGACUGUGAAGAUACCGAACCCUUCCUGGAACAGUUCCAGCAACAGCCAUGGAUAUUCCAAGGCAAGCGUCGUAUGCGACACUAUGUUUAUGCUUUACUCACAGUAUCCUUGAUUGCUGUCGUUGAAUUCGUUCUGCUAGCACAAAAUUUCAAGACCAAGCAAUGUUCUUCCCCCACACCUUAUGGGCUAAGUUACGCAAGGACGGUCGAGCGUACGAUGUACCUGGACUCAAAGUACACAUCGAAGAGUGAGGAGGUUGCGUCAGAAGCAUGGAAGUCUAUACUCGCGGGGCACGGAGUCGUCGCACUCGAAGCUGAUUACAUUGCUGAGAAAAGUCUUCCUCCAUCAACAGCAAUCCCUGGCAGCGACGGGAAAUUCAUGUAUCUUAUCGAAGCGUACCACACCAUUCACUGUCUUCAAUCUAUCAGAGCUCAUUAUAAAGCCCUAGAGCAAGGAAACCCAUGGAACUGGACAAAAGGCCACGACGACCACUGCUUUGAUGCUCUGCGACAGUACAUCAUGUGCAAUAUAGAUGAUACUCCCUUGUGGACAACUGGGCACCGGGAAAGUGGGGUGGGACAAGUAAAGAAAUGCAACGACUGGGAUGCCUUGAGAGACUGGGCAGAAGCGAGGUCAGCAAACUACUUUGAUGUUGAGCCGGGGAUGGGUAUCAGGCAUUUGAACAACUACCAUGAAGGAGAUGGAUUGACCUGGUAG